CAGUUAUUAGGGUCGUGCGCCUGCGCAAGUGGUACAAGGUCGACGAGAGAGAAUAUCGGUUCCGUUGAAUUUUAGGAUAAUGAAAUAAAACAGAAGAAAGGAGCUGCAAUUGAGUUGAUUAAGUUUUGCCCUGGUCACAAAGAAGAAAAUGAGAGAUGGCACAGCAUACAAGGAGUACGUCAGUGAUUCAUGUGUUAAAGAUCCACUGAUGCGAUUGACAGGGGCCAAACAAGAGGGAUCUUGAAAACAUGUCUCCGUCGUGUGUUGUUGCUUCAUGCUCACGCAAUGUGAUAGAUCUGCCGAGCAGAGCGUUUUUGUCACUGGUGCCGCCGUUUCCAGUACCUACUCUCUGUUUGUACGCCCUGUCUACUUCCUCUGCCCUUAAUAGAACAAGUAGUGCCACGGCACCCGGAUCUGGUCAAUCCUCCGGAGCAUCUCCAUUUCUUGCCAUUCAGCAGCGGUUUUUCCGAACGAAGGGUGUACUGAAGUUGCAUUGUUCUGAAUGUCGCUACGUCGUGAGGAAGAGAAACGUGCCGAUACUUGCGGUUGAUUGCAAUGCUAAUGUGCGUCACAAGCAGCUGAUGAGCAACACACCUCACCAGUCACGGCCGACACCUGAUUGGCUCACCCCAUGGAUCGAAGGAAAACAAUACCCAAGACAUCCAAAAUGGAAGCAAGACUUUACCUUAUGCAUGUGAAACAAAAGAAGAAGAGAUGCUUUACUUUAGAUUGGUCAAAUCAUGAAAACACUUUUUGAAGGGACUAGAUUUCAGCAAAAGUGUUUAACUGAUACAUGAAAAGCGAAUUUUUGUUGGAUGUUCAACUCCGAUUGAAGAUGUUUAAUUGACCACGCAACCGCAAGUAAUAUGUUGAGGAACGACUCGGUUUUCAAGGGCUGCUCUAAUGUCCUACACUUGGUUUUCAAAAAAGCGUUACACGCGGAACACGCAUUGGUAGCGACAGCUUCUGCAGCGGCGCAAGAAUGGACGAGAAGCAUUCUAGUGGGGACGGAUUGUCUUUGUCCUUGGACUUUACUACUGGGGAGAGCAGCAAGUCAGAAUGGUGGCGAUAGUUGCAUUCAGAUGAAGAUCACCAUGCCCUUUACUAGGCAUCACAACAUGAAGAUUUUGUGAAGACCAACUUAUUCGUUUUGAUGACAUUACUAGCUACGUAUUCGCACACGACAAACAUCGGACCUGUAGACUAAAGAGCAAGCAGAUGUUAUGUAUGUGUUCUGUCUCACUUUGGC